AUGAGCUUUUCAGCAAAGGCAAACUUUCAUCAGCUGAUUUAUCGAACAACAAUUAUCUGCAAUAAGUACUUUCAAUUUCAGUUCAAUUGGACCACAGGAUCACAUAUAUGUUCGAGUUAUUUCCUGUGCAUAAGUAACGAACGAUUUUGCAAAGAUAAAAUCAGUAUGGGCUUUAAUAACGUCAGCAAAAUACAGGAUGUGAUUAAUAUCAGUUGUAAAAACUGCUCCGAUCAUUUGCUGCCAAAUUUACAUCUUUAUUUAGUGUCUCAAGCGAAUAAUGCCAUACAAGUUCCGAAUCAAGAUAAUAUUGGAAACGUGACAGGUGUACUGCUAGGUGAUGGCCGGUUUUUAUUGCUUGCUGCUGUGCUACGUAGUAGUAAAAUCAAUUCGAUCACGCAUAAAACAUUCGGAGAAUCAAAUCCAUUUUGGGACAAUAUAAUUCGACUUUCCCUGCCAUUAAUCAAAUAA